UGUCAUUUCGGCCAACACGGCAUUCAAUGAGAACUUGUGAACUUUUAUUAGUGAAAAUUCAGUGAAAAUCAGGAAAAUGGAGUAUGACAAUGACAAAGUGUUGAAAUUGCUCUAUCCCGAAGGUGUUCCAGGGAACCUCCAGGAAAAUGUCGAGUUGAUGGGUUACUUGGGAAAGCUGGGAUCCUACAAGGCUGACCAGCUACGAAAGGAAGAGAAUCGCCUGGUUGAGGAGAACAAAACUGUUGUGGAGCAAACUCAGGAUCUGGCCAUCAGCAACUACAAAACAUUUAUUCUCACCUCUGAGUGUUCGCGCGAGAUCUUCCGGGAGUUCAAAGAGACGGAACAGAAGUUGGAUGACUUGAUAGAGAGGCUGCCGAAGUUCUUCACGGUGUGUGAGGAGUUUAUCAAGAAGUCUGGGGACAUCAACACAGCAAGGCAGCUGAAUAGUGUUACUAUGAAGAGACACUCUGAUCUUAUUGAUAUUCUGGAGUUGCCUCAGCUCAUGGAUACGUGCAUUCGUGCUGGGAAGUACGAGGAGGCUCUGGAAUUGGCUUCCUAUGUCCAGAGAAUGGGAGUGAAACACGGCAAUAUCCCUAUUAUAAAGUCAAUUGUGACGGCGAUUGAGGAUUCCUGGCAUACAAUGCUGGGACAGUUGUUGGCACAGCUCAGGACAGAUUUGCAGUUGCCGAAGUGCCUCCAGGUUAUUGGCUAUCUUCGUCGAAUGCAGGCAUUCUCAACGGCAGAACUAAAGCUGAAGUUCCUGCAGACUCGUGAUAGUUGGUUCACGGGGAUUUUGUCUGGAAUUCCACGUGGUGAUCCUCAGCAGCAUUUGACAAAGACAAUUGAGCUCACCCGAAUUCACCUGUUCAACAUCAUCACGCAAUAUCGGGCGAUUUUCACAGAGGACGACACACUCUAUAAUGGAAGCGACAGUCGCGACAGCAGUAAAAUUUUCCACGGAUGGCUUCAUGAGAAGAUCGAGAUGUUUCUCAGGACAUUGGAGGAUGAUUUGUCGCGUGGAGUGAACUCUGUGGACACUGUUUUGGGUCAGUGCAUGUACUUUGGACUCUCCUUCAGUCGAGUUGGUGCCGACUUUCGUGGUCUGAUGGCGCCUAUUUUUGUCCGAGCCAUUGGUCAGCACUUCCAGAACACUGCCAAUGCUGUGACACACCAGUUUGAGCAGGACAUUGAGAGCUACACGUUGAUAAACAAGAUAUCGACGGGCCUCAAUCGCGGCAAGAACGCUUCCGCGGACAAUUUAUCGCCUCCGGAUUCGUUGCUGGACUUUCAUCCGCUGGCGUCGUAUUGUAACGGAUUGUUGGGCGCUUUCAAUGAACUGAGGCUGUGCGCUCCACUCGGAGUGGCGGAUAGUGUAGUGAAGGCCAUCCAGGCUUCGAUGGAGCGUGUCUCGAAGGCUAUCUUCGCAUUCUAUCGCCAGGAGCAACAGGCGUUUUCUCAAACUGAACGGGAUAACUUCAUCAGGCUGUGCUCCUGCUUUGCGUACGACCUCAUUCCAUACAUACAGAGAUGCAUUCACUGCCUCUUCCCGCCCCACACAAUCGCUCAACUUCUGGGCGUGAAUGUCCAGGCCUUGCAGAAGGGCUCUCUCACCUUCCUCAAUGCCACCGAUGUGCUGAAGGCACUGCAGCAUCUCUUGCCCGACCGAGUGGAUGCAAUCAUGAUGCAAUCCGGAGUGGAGAAUGUUGCUGUGAAUUAGUCAAUGGCAUCGAUAUUGGAAAGAGAUUAAUUUUCACGGUCGGACAACUCCAGAAAGUGGGUAAGUGUCUUCGGCAUGAGAGAUAGGAACGGCGGGUGGACAGUAACUAAUAAUCCCGAGACUGGACUAAAAAUGAAAGUCAUAAAUUAACGCCGGAGUCAUUAUCAUUUAUUCCUCAAAUGGCUGAAA